AUGGAUGAACGCUUUACUACGGCGUUGUCUAUAUGGAUCCAUAAACCCCAGGUUGUACAUAAAGAUGUAUUUGCUUCAUCCGUUGUAUCCGAAACUGAUGAAUCCUGCGUAAGAUUUAUCUAUCCGAAGCUCCGUACUGGGAUCAGUGAAUUCACUGAAGUUUGUUCCAAAGGAUCAGCUUAUAAGUUUUCAUCGAUCUCCAUAACUUACAUUAUCGAGGAAACAAAUGGUCGCAUUCAAGUUUCCGUCUUGGAUGAGUCUCCUGGGUUUCUCCAGAGUUCUUGGCUGAAAGAAGUCCUUGAACAGAAGCUUAAUCUUUGGUAUUCUUGUGAUGCAAAAGUUAAUAUUCCUUCCCUCUCACUAAUUGAUUGCCGUUUAUAUCAAUUGCAAUACGAACGCUUGAAAAAUACCUAUGGACCUACUCUAGUUAAGAACUGGUCGGAGAAAACAGACCCAAUGAAAUUCGUGUAUGAAGAUAUUGGCAUAGCUUGCUACCUUAUAUGUUUAUGGAAAAAUGAACAUGUUAAUUUCGUCGAUCUUGGUUGUGGAAACGGAUUGUUGACGUACAUACUUUCGUCGGAAGGAUUCACUGGCAUAGGAAUAGAUGUACGUAGAAGGCACAUUUGGAAGUCUUAUCCACUAAGUGUACAACAACGUUUAAAGGAAAUUUCGUUAAAUCCAGAAGAAGUUUGUGGGUUUCCACAAGCCAAUUGGCUAAUUGGGAAUCACAGUGAUGAACUUACACCUUGGUUGCCUAUACUGGCAUGUAAAAGUGGACCAUCAUGCAAGAUAUUUGUUUUACCAUGUUGUCCUUACAGUCUUUUUGGAAAAUUCAAUAUCCCGAAAAGUUCACUUUCAUUUUUACCUGACGACAUAAAUGUCAAACAGAUAACAGAAAAUAGUCGAUAUGGUACAUAUCUUAAUUAUAUACAACACAUUUUUGCCAUUUGCAGAUUUAUACCUGAAGUUGAUGCGCUCAGAAUACCAUCAACCAAACGUAUAUGUAUUGUUGGUCGAGAUAUAAUCGAUUCAAAGUGUUUUGAAAAUAAUGAGCACUCAAAUCGUUUGUCUGCUGUUAAUAAAUACAUUGAAUACGAACGUGAUAUUACUUCAAAGCCUAACAAAACGUUUGUUGCACGUCCACCCACAGAGGUUCCCUGUAAUUGUACAAGAGUUUCGAAAUUUGUUCUUGACAAAAUAUCACAUACAGUUUUCAAAGCCUUAUUAAUCUGCAAACCAGAUAAAUAUCGUUUACAAUCCCAUAAUCUUAUGCUUUCUGAUGAUUUAAGAAUAAGAACUUUGGACAAUCGUUGGUGGAAUCCUGGUGGUACAUUAACUUUGUCAGAGUGCAGUAAACUUGUGUCACUAGAAGAUAUGAAAUUAUUAAAAUCUCAGCAUGGUGGUUUGCAAACUGUCUUGAGGAAUCACCAUCAGUGUUUUCGAACUAUCAAAAACACCGUUCAGUUACGUUGGUUACCAGAUAAGAUGGCGAAGCUUAAUGAUUCUGGAAUUCCGUUAUUCAAUAACAAAAAUGGGAAGAAUCGUAAAACAAAACUCUGCUGGAUGUCACUUAACCAUCCAGAUGGUUGUCCAUACACUUCUGAAUUGUGUGACUUUGCCCAUUGCGAAAAUGAAAUCCUAAUAAAAAUCGGUUCCAUGAAACAAUAA